CGGGGGGGGGGCGCCAGGAGCGGAGCGGGGCCAACCGGGAGCGGGGGCGGGCGGCGCUCGCCCCCAGGCAGCCCCUGCGCUGGCACCGUGGGCCGAGGCGGAGGCGAUGGCGGAGGAGCGAGAUGUCCGCUUUGUCACCGAGGAGAGCUUCGACUUCGGGCUCCUGUCCCCUUCUGACAGCCAGGAGGAAGAGGAGGAUGAGGGUGAGGCGGGGGGCGCGGGCCGGGGGGGGCAGCGGGCGCUGGAGCCCCCUGCACGGUGCCCGGCUGGAGGAGAUGGUGCGGGAGGCCACACGCCUGGCAGCGCAGCUGGAGCAAUGUCACCUGUCCCCCCUCGGCACGCCACGGCCCCCGCAGCCCCCGCCGCGAGACCUUUGUGGUGAAGGACAGCCCGGUGCGGGCACUGCUGCCCACCGUGGAGCCGCGGGGACCCCCCCCCGGCCACCACCCGGCCCCCCGCCAAGCCCCGGGGUGCCCCCACUGCCACCACCAUCCCCAGCACCCGGAAGGUGUCACCCAGCUGUCACCCCACAGCGGUGCCCAAGGGACCCCCCCGGGGCCAGGGUGCCCCCCCCCAACCGGCUGGGCCCCCCUCGGCCUUGCCCUGCCCAGGGGCAGGGGGCUGCAGCCCGGGGCAAGUCAGAGCCCCUCCAGGUGGGGACAGCAGGCCAGCCAAAGGUGAGGGGGGGCGCUGCCCCCUGCCCCCCCGCCACCCGCCAGCCCCGCACCAGGGCCACCACCGUCCCCGUCCCCUCCAGCCGCCCCCCUGCCCCCAGCGCCAUCCCCAGGGCACCUGGACGGACCCUGGCGGGGGGGGGCUGCACCGGGUGGGAGGGCACCCGCGGCCAGAGGUGUGGGGGCGGCACGGGCAGCCCCCCCCGGCCACUGGCUCGGGGUGCAAACCCGGACCUGCCCCCAGCCGCCUCCGCCCCCCCAGGAAGACGGCGAUGAGCAGCACCCCGAGGUGACACCCCCCCCACCCCCGGAGGAGCUCGGGGUGCCUGUUCACCCCCCAUCCUGGUGCAUGGGUGAGGAAGGGGGGAUCUGGGGAAACUGAGGCACGGAGGGGUGGGGAGCACAGAACAGGCCCCCCCCAGGAAUGAGGCAGAGGCGCAGGUUGGAUUUUGCUUUAAUUACAAAAGGUCACAUCAGCAGUAGGAAACCCCCCCCUCACCCCUCCCAGCAACCAGGGGUCCCCCACCCCCCCCCCCCCGCAAACACCCUCUGCUGGGUGCCACCUGCCCCUGGGUACCACCGCCUGAGCCUCACCCUUGGGCAGGGGGCAAAGUACUGGGGGGGUCCACACAUCCCUGCACCCUACAACUGAUUCCCCCUCCCACUAUGUGCCCCCCCCCAGCUCCCCACCUGGGGGGGGUUGGCACCAUGGAGGGGGGGGGAUCAUAUAUCCUUUUUUUUGUAUUUUUCAUGUAUUUUUUAAAUAAAACCCUUCACCGGGCA